CUGUUGUUGGCAGUCCAAUUUCCUUCUGGGGAUGAAUAAAGUUUUAUUGUAUUGUAUAUUUGGCUAUUAACGGUUUGAAGGGAUAUGGGGCAAAUGCAGGCAAAUGGGACUAGCCCAGUAUGACAACUUGGUCAGCAUAGACAAGCUUCUUCUCGCAGUUCAUUCCAGAUACGGGCUACCCUCUGAGUGAAAGAUUUCCCACAAAUCUCUCCCCUCUUACCUUAAGUCUGUGCCCUCUAGUUUUAGAAUCCUCUACCCUGCAGAAAAAGACUCAGCGUUCGCUUUAUCCAUGCCCCUCAUCAUCUUGUACACUUCAAUAAGGUCACUUGCCAAUGCUUCAGCCUCUCCAAUCUCACCCUACAACUCAAGCCUGCAAACCCAGGUAACAUCCUGGUAAAUCUUUUCUGCACUAUUUCCAACUGAAUGAUUAGUGGAGCAGCGUUGAAUAUGACCUUACUUGAUUUGUAUCAAAAGUUGGACCGCUACCCAAAAGUAAUCAGCCUUUGUGGUAAGUAACAGGGAGGCCAAACCCAGCCUGUGUUAGUCAUGCUGAUACACUGAUUUACUGCGGUGCUUAUGCUUUAAUAUUAUUAUUUCAUUUUUAUUGCUUAUCGAGGUUUAUUUACGAGGAUCUCUGUCAGUUAACAAGCUGAGUGAGGACUCUUCCCUUUCAAUUUAAACUUCCUACUUUUAAGUGAGUAUCUAUUUUAUUCAGAGGCCCGUUAAUAAUCAAGAACGUGUCAGGAUGGAGACUAUUCAAUGGUGUUAAGUGUACAAGUGAUCUUGGGUAUACUUUCCUGGGAUUUAUUACUGGUCUUCAUUCAUACACUCCCUCUUAUUGUUGGCGUGUAUAAAUCACAGUGUGGUGAUUGCUGGCCUCUCAGUUCAGCACCAGGUCUGGCUGGUUAAAGACACACUCGGCUGUGAAACAACAUUACCUGAGAGUUCGUGUUGGAAGCUUCCCCUCUCACCACCGAUCUGGGGCCUCUAAUUCAAAGGAGCAACUUUUUUUUUAAUGCUGGUUGAGUUUUUGUAACUUUGUGGCAAGCAGGUUAAUAGUUAGUGAGGGAGAUGAGGAGGUAAGUGGAAGUGGAGCAACGAUUAGUUCUGACUGAUAACGCUGGGAGGAUCGGCAGACAUGAACCAGAACUGCCCCACGCUUGUCAUCUCCGGCCUUCCGGAGGUGCCUCGGGACGACAGCCUGGGCUGCCGGCCAGUGAACCUGUACGACCGCCUGUCUGUGGCUCAUCUCGAUCUCCGCAGGGCCUCGCUCAUCGACCCUCGAAGCAACCUGAUGACCUUGGUCCGGGGGAGAGUGGAGGAGGAAGAGGAGUCGUCGGAGAAUGACACGGAUGACCCCCAAAUGAAGCCCACCAAAAUCACAGCUGCAAUCCCCUACAUGAGCAGACCGUUAGCACUCGGCUGUCUGCUGCUGAAUAUCAUAGUCCCAGGGACAGGGACCAUCGUGUCGGGGCUCAGCCUGCUGUGUUGCUCCGAACCGGCCACCCCCACAGGCAGCAAGAGCAGUGACGAGACAUUGGCCCUGGUCUGCCUCAACGUGUGGGUGGGCAUCUCACAGCUCUUCACCGUACCCUUCCUCCUGGUCGGCUGGCUCUGGAGCAUCAUCUGGGGCGUGAUGAUGAUCAACCUCUCCUAUGAACAGAGAAAUACAGGAGAAGCCCAGGGUGUCACCAUGGAAACCAAGACUGAACCCGUGUUCCUACCUUCAGCAAUAAACCACUCUGCAAAAUGAAACAAACUUUUCUCAGAACCUUUUCCCCAGGGUGGAAAGAUCAAAUACUGAAGGGCAUGGUUUUGAGGUGAGAGGGGCAAAAUUUACAGAUGUGUGGAGCAAAUUUUGAUUUUGCAGAGUGUGGAGAGUACAUGGAAUUUAAUUUUAUAUUUUACUAGAGUAAGUGGGACCCGUUGGGCCCCUUUCCCCCAACGCAAUAAUCCACCACUCACCCGUUCCCCCAACGCAACCCGUUUCAACCACUCACCCGUUGCCCCAACCUUGAGUACAACUGCAUCAUGAUGGAUGGCCAACACAGCACCAGGGUUUCAGACCCUGAUUAUAUUACAUCAACUCUCCGGUCAGAGCUAGCACGCUAGCUGGGGACGGAAGAGAGUGCCAGUCCCAAGUGUGCAAUGAAAAGGUGUGAGACUCACUGUUUGGUUGUUUUGUUGCUUAUUUUGUUGUUGUUUUAAUUAAUGUUUAAUUUCUAUUGGUUGAAGUGUUCUUUCACCACCAUUGAUCCUAAACCUGGGAACCCCCUUGUACCGUUGCUUAGUAGCUGCAAGAGUGGGCCAACAAGAGUUCGAAUCCCACAUGGCAACAAAGGUUUUUAAAUUCAAGUCAUUAAAUAAAACAUAAAUGUUUA